AUGUCAGCCGCAGUAUCUCAACCCGAACAAGCUGGAGGCCUUGGUGGUCCACUUGGUGAUCCGCCAAAAGGUCCUCCAAAGCGCAAGCUUCCCACUGAUCGAGCUGAUACACCAAUUGAGGAGAAGAAGCCGAGAAAGCAGAGAAAGAAGGCGGGCAAGACUGGUGGAUAUUGGGAGGAGAUGGAGGAGGCUCUGCUCAUGGAGCAGUAUCCCCUCACCAAAAUCGGAAUGGGAGUUGCCAGCCAAUCGUCGGAAGGCAUCAAAAUGGCUGAAGCAGCUGAGAACAUGCUCAGAUUAAACCAAGAGAGACGUCUUGGAUACCCGCGCCCCUAUACCGGUGCUGGCAUCAACCAACAUCUCAAGUCCCACGAAGAUAUGCUGCUUGACAAAUGGGGAAGUGAUGGCGUCCGCGCAAGGGAGUUCAUCGAUAGCUUUUUGAGAAAUCGAGCACGUCAACAACCUGCAGACGCUGCUCAACCUCUCGUUACUACAGUUCAACCUGUAGUUGCUGCCGCUCAGUCUGUCGUUGCUGCCGCUCAAGCUCUCAUUACUGCAGCUCAACCUUCUCUGACUUCUAGUCAACGCCUUGUCCCUCUCACUCUACCACCUCACAACACUGAUCUGCAGCCUGGCGAAUAUGGUUAUGUACCAGUUCGGUAUCAUGGAAUCAAUUGCGAGGGAAAGUCCAAAGAGGAAAUCUUGGCCGAAGUCACUGAGCUUGCUCCACGACCCGGCGAACCACUCGAUUGGGACAUGGUAGACCUCGAAUAUGAACACUACCCGCGGGGUACCCAGACUCCUCUUCAAAUUCGUCCUCAGACUCGUACGCAAGCUCCACGAUGGAAUUCGGUCAACCGGCCUGAACGAUUCGAGUCACCGUCUGAAGACGAACGAGAUUCUGAUGACCCGCAUGGUAUCUACCACGCUUGA